AUGUUGCUGAAACAAUGCAGUUUUGUGCUUAUUGUAUUGUUUGCCACGUGGAUUCGGGCGGAAGAAGAGAUGGCGAUUUACGAUGAAGUCGAAGAUGUUGCAAACAAGACGAUUUCUGGAGAAGUAGAAGUUUCUGAUACGGAAGCAGGUGAAAAAGAGAAAUUGGAUAAAAAGAGGGAAGUUGAUGAGAAUGAUAUUCAUGAAGAAGUGAAAGCAGAACUCGAUAAAGCAGUCGAGAGUCUGAAGGAAGCAGCAAGAGAAAGAGAAGAAGAAGAGAAUGGAUUACUGUCAAGAACAAAUUUAGAAUCUUGUGGAGCUGUUGAUUGUAAUCACCGUGGAACAUGCAUUGGAACAAAGAAAACAUUCAUUUGUGCAUGUCAAUUGGGAUUCUCAGGAAAGACUUGUGAAGAGACCGUCUGUGACUCUGCUCGUGAUUGUAAUGGACGUGGAUUGUGCUUCGGAACAACUAAUCAAUUAACAUGUCUUUGUAAUCUUGGAUUCACUGGAAAACGUUGUCAGACACCGAUUUAA